CCCACUAACAGAUAGACAAAAGCUGAGAGAUAAAUUACUAGUACAUUGAAUGCACUGGAAUAAUGGCGUUAUGUUGCUUCCUCAGCAUAAGAAAGAUAAUUUUCAAUAUUACAGUAGUAACUUCUCUCAGCUCGACCCAACUCAACCCAAGGGUAACUUCCCAGCCUCCUCCCUUGCCCACCUCCGACUCCCCAUCAUCAGAUCAACGUGAUCUGCUCCUCCAAAUACAUGUCCCUUCGUAUUCGUAUUAUUACCUGGUUGAUUUUGGUGUGAGGGAGAACUCUUGACUGCUACUGUUGCUUUCUGCUUCAACCUUGAUCAGCGUUUCAAAGUCGCAGCCCCUUUUGUUUGGGCUGACAAUGACGUUCUUGAAGGAGGUGGAGGUAUUGACUAGAUAGUAACAGCAGAUUUAGAAGUGUAUGAUUGGGAUGUGCUCGACGCAGUUUUUUGACUCGAUUGUGCACCUUUGCGCUUUGACCCUCUCUGUGUGCUA